AGCCCCUCCAUUGGCCAGCUCCGUAAGGUGAGGAACCUGUGAGGGGAUAAAUCGGAACGAAGGAGUUUACGCAGGCAGCGCGCUAGCCUAGAGAGAGCCCGGAGCCUGCGAGCGAGGCCGCCAGGACCACGCUGCUGGCCAUCAGCCUACAAAGACAUGACCACCAACGCCAGCCCCUUGCACCCAUACUGGCCUCGACACCUGAGGCUGGACAACUUUGUGCCUAAUGACUGCCCCACUUGGCAUCUCCUGGCCGGCCUCUUCUCUGUCUCUGGGGUCUUGGUUGUGACCACGUGGCUGUUGUCAGGUCGUGCUGCGGUCGUCCCCCUGGGGACUUGGCGGCGACUGUCCCUGUGCUGGUUUGCCAUAUGUGGGUUCAUUCACAUGGUGAUUGAGGGCUGGUUCAGCCUCUACCACGAAGACCUUCUUGGAGACCAAGCUUUCUUGUCCCAACUCUGGAAAGAGUAUGCCAAAGGAGACAGCCGAUACAUCCUGAGUGACAACUUCACAAUAUGCAUGGAGACCAUCACAGCUUGCCUUUGGGGACCACUCAGCCUAUGGGUGGUAAUCGCUUUUCUCCGCCAGCAGCCCCUCCGCUUUGUCUUACAGCUCGUGGUCUCUGUGGGUCAAAUCUAUGGGGAUGUGCUCUAUUUUCUAACAGAGCACCGGGACGGAUUCCAGCAUGGGGAGCUGGGCCACCCACUCUACUUCUGGUUUUACUUUGUCUUCAUGAAUGGCCUGUGGCUGGUGCUGCCUGGAAUCCUCGUGCUCGAUUCUGUAAAGCAGCUCGCUCAUGCCCAGAGCAUGCUGGACACCAAAACCACAAUAUCCAAGAGCAAGCUGAACUAAUAAGUAGUAGGCUGGGCUUGAACACUGGACGAUGAGGAACCCUCCACCAGGAAGAAGAGUCCAGUCCCAUAGGUUGGAGGGACAAAGCAAAUUGAUCUGUCAAACUCGGGUUAAUGGGUAAGCACCAGAAGGGCCAGAGGCAGGGACAAAAAAGGAGCUGUGUGGAGCUACGGCCAGGAGCCACUGGGACAAAGGUACAGAAGAAACUAGAAGGGCCAUAAUGGUGGCAGUUUUUAAAAUCAGGAAAUAAAAGAUCUUGACCCUAA